UCCGCAGUUCCAUUUGUGAAAGCGGGGAGUUCACUUCAACAGAAUAACAUCGAUCGAGCAUGAGUGAUAAGGAUAAACUGCUACCUAACGAGGAUGGCAAAGGGCCACUCAGAGAUAUUUCUGGGAAAAAUAACUCUGUAAAUGCGCCCUGGUAUUUCGGAACUGGUUUCAUACUCUUCUGGAUGUUACUGUUCUUCGCAGUAGUGAUUCCUCUCUUCUACCGCCUGCCCCUAGCUCUGAUUGUAGAGGAUGGCAACGAUGGAGAAUUCAUUGGAGAACGCGCCUAUAACACUCUGAAUAACCUGGUCAAUAUCGGCCCAAAAGUGCCAGGCAGUAAUAACAAUGAGGUGGACGCUGCGCUUUUUCUGCUUAAUGAGAUAGCUGAUAUCAGGAAUAAUCUCCUCGAGGAAUACUUUACUCUAGAGAUCGACGUACAGAGAACCUCAGGUGCCCACAUCUAUAGCAAUCUGCUGGAAGUGUACCAAGAAGUUCAAAAUAUUGUUGUGAAAUUAUCAUCGAAGAAUUCCACAAGCGAGUCUUAUCUUCUGGUAAACAGUCACUUUGAUAGCGUGUUGACUUCUCCGGGUGCAGGUGACGAUGGAUUUAUGGUUGCCACCAUGUUGGAGAUAUUACGAGUAAUGGCAACAACAAAGCAACACUUUGAGCAUCCUGUCGUCUUCCUGUUCAAUGGAGACGAAGAAAUGGGCAUGCAAGCCUCUCAUGGUUUUAUAACCCAACACAAAUGGGCAGGAAAUUGCAAAGCCGUAGUCAAUUUGGAUGCUGGUGGUAGUGGAGGUCGCGAUAUUUUAUUCCAAACUGGACCUUCGCAUCCAUGGUUAGCCAAUUAUUAUAAGAAAAGUGCCAAACAUCCUUUUGCUACAACUUUGGCUGAGGAAAUCUUUCAAGCUGGACUUAUACCUUCAGAUACGGACUAUCGUAUCUUCGUACAACAUGGCAAUAUUCCAGGUGUCGACAUUAGCCAGUUUACUAAUGGAUUCAUCUACCACACCAAAUACGAUCGCACUGACGUGAUCCCUCGGGGAUCCAUCCAGAACACUGGUGAUAACGUGCUCAGCCUUGUAAGGGCUUUAGCUAAUGCUCCCGAAUUAUACAAUGUGCAGGCAUAUGAGACAGGAAAUUCCAUCUUCUUUGACUUCCUGGGACUCUUCUUCGUCAACUAUUCUGAAGAAACUGGAAAGAAUCUGAACUAUAGCAUUGCUGGAGUUACACUCAUCCUGAUCUUUAUUUCCGUAUGGCGGAUGUCUGCAAUUUCAUGUCUAUCCUGUUGUCACGUGGUUCAGCGUCUUAUAUUCCUGUUGAUUAUUCAGAUUAUAGCUCUUUCUCUAAGUCUGACAUUGCCUUUAUUGGUAGCUUAUUUCUUUGACAGUUUCGGAUUGUCCUUAACCUACUUCAGUUCGCCCUACCUGCUUAUUGGAUUAUAUAUAUGUCCAUCACUUAUUGGUCUAACUCUCCCCAUUACAAUUUACUAUCAAUCGUUGCAGCAAAAUAAACUGCCUUCUAUAUACCACCUCCAAUUGGCAUUGCAUAGCUGGGCAAUUCUUUUAUCGUUUUUGGCUCUUGGAAUUACCGCAUAUGGAAUACGUUCCGUAUAUAUUCUCACAUUUUCGAUUGUUUUUUAUACCAUAUCCUUGGUAAUAAAUUUAUUGACAACAUUUCACGAUCGUGGCUACAGUUGGGCUGGCUCGGUUAUGAGUUUCCAGGUGAUACCUUAUCUCUAUAUUAGCUACGUCAUUUAUAUUUUUAUUGUGGCCAUGACACCUAUAAACGGUCGCUCUGGAAGUGCUUCAAAUCCAGACACAAUGAUUGCAGUCUUGGCAGCCCUAGGUACCGUGUUAUCCUUUGGAUUUUUGGCUCCUUUAAUCAACAUGUUCCGUCGACCAUCCUUCGUAGUACUCACUCUAGUGCUGGUUAGUGGAAUUACCAUGUACUUGGCUAGUAGUACUCAAAUCGGGUUCCCUUAUCGACCCAAGACUAAUAGUGAGCGAGUCAUGUAUCAGCACGUGAGGAGAAUCUUUUACGAGUACGAUGGAACUAUAAGCAAGGAUGAAUCCGGCUACUUGUUUAACUUCCAAGAUAGGCGAGAAGAACGACCUUUCGUCGGGGUUAAUCUGACGGGAUCGGUGAGAACGAGAUCCGAAUGCGAAAAGCAUAUGAUGUGUGGAAUGCCUUUGUUCGAUGAGCGUUGGGUUCAUAACCGUCUAGAGGGAAUGUGGUUACCACGCGAAACUAUUGAGCCUCCAUUCCCAACCAAACUGGAACUAUUAAGCAAAACAGUGUUGGAAAACAAAAGGACUGUUCGCUUUGAGUUUAGAUUAACUGCACCUCAGUACGUGUCUUUGUUUAUUGAACCCUAUAAAGAUGAUUUCGUCACUAUUAGCAAUUGGACAUUCUCCCAGACUUAUCUAAAAAAUCCUCCGGCCUAUCCACUCUCCUAUCACAUAUACAUCACAUAUGGAUCACAUAGUCCAACAAUAGAGUUUAUGUUGGAACUUUCGAAACCGAAUGGAGACUUUAAAGUUCCCCUAUUCCAAUUGGGAGUUUCGGCGCAUUCUCUUGGACAUAAGGGCGAUGUGAUCAGUGAGAAGUUCGCCACUACAUUCCCAUAUUAUGCUGUGGUAGUUCAUUGGCCUUCAGAGUAUCAAAGACAUAUAUUUUAAUAACUGAUGUAAAAUAAAGUUAAGUUAUAGAAAUUAAAGCCUAAAGACGGAUCUCUUUAAA